ACACACACACAGAGUGUGAGACUCACCGAGAGAGAGAGAGCUAUGCACUCUGUUUGAAUUCCACUCCAUUCGUACCUCCAGCGUCGCUUCCCGCACCGGAGGCUUGGCACGAGGAGCCCCACUGGACUUUAACGUUCAGCAGCUGCAAAGAGGAGGCAUCGCAAACAGAACGGCGUUGCGCCCGAGAGUGCGGGAGAAGUGGCUGUUUGAAUUACUGCUGCUUCAGCAAGGCGGUGUCUCUCUUUCUCUCAAGCGGGGCCACUGCGUUAGCCCCGAGGCUGCGUGUGCGUGUUGUUAGGAGCUUCGCGCAGCAGUAGCAGCAGGAGGUGAACCUAGGUCGGAGCCGUGUGGGGGGCAGCAGGAGGGCAGCAGGAGGGCAGCUCGACACGUGGCAUCAUGAGCACCCCCCUGCUCCUGUUGCUGGGCUAUUGCUGCUGUUGCUGCUGCUUCUGUGUGUCACAUGCGGCCGGGCCGGGCCCUCGUCGACGCAGCAGCAGCAGUUCCAGCGUCACGUGGCGGCCUCGUCUACUGCUGAACCGAGGGCCCGUCGAGCGGCUCCGUGCGGACGCGGGAUCCGGCCACGCUCACCUCGGCAUGGCGGGGCCGGACCGAGAGCCCGGCUCCGGCACGGAUGGGGGCGGCCUCGCGGUUGAGAGAAGCGCCCCGGGAGGCGGCCGGCGCGGGAGGACCGGGCACCCCGCGGCGGCGGGCGCUGCUGCCAGGAGACGGCACAGGGGCAGGCAGGCCGGCACCGGGACGCGGCCGGCAGACGACGGAACUCGCUUCGGGAGGGAAUCCCCGUCCUGCCACUUCAAGCGCGGCACCUGCGGGUUCACAAACGACAGAUCCGGGGAGUUCCAGUGGGUUUGGCGCGACGGCGUCAUGUCGGUGGGCAAGUCCGUGCCGCCGGAGGCUCCGGCGUCGCGCCUGUUGGGCCCGUCCAUGGCGGCGGGCCGGCGUGCGUGCGUGGAGCUCGUGUACCGCGUGAGCGGCGGUCCCCGCGCGGGCCUGGCGGCGCGGGCCCUCGUCCGCGGUGCCUUCGUUGCGGGCGACGGUGCCGACGGUGCCGCCGCCGUGUGGACGAGUGCCGCCCGGGGAGACGUGAACGACGAGGGUUGGCGCUUCGGGGCGUUCGACGUGGGCCCCUUUGACGAGCCCUUCCAGCUGGUGUUCGAGGCUACGCUGAGCGAGGGAGCUGUGGUGGUGGCGAUAGAGGAAAUCAGCCUCUCGGACAGGUUCUGCCUGGCGUGCGGCUUCGAGGAGGAGCAUCUGUGCGGCUACGAGAACGAGGCGGAGGAGGAGGCGUCGUGGGCCAUGCGAGGGGGCGGGCGACGUUACCCGGCACUUUACAACCGACCCCUGGACCACGACAGCUUCCUGAGCCAGCAGGGUCACCACUACCUGCUCGUGAAUUGGCACGGCACCCAAGGGCUCGGAGGCACGGCGCGCCUCGCUUCCCCGAUGGUGAACGACCCUCAGCCGGGCUGCCUUCGCUUUCACUACCAGGUGGAGGGUGGCGGUGAGGAUGGCCUCAUGGUGCGAGCGCGGGAAGCUGGCGGCUACAUCCACGAGCUGUGGCGCUGGGCCGGUUCGACCCUGGGCAGCUGGGAGGCGGCGUCGACGCAUCUGGAAAUGACUCACCCCUUCCAGGUCGUGUUCGAGGGGACCGUCCUGGGCUCGUCCAAAGGCUUCGUCGCUCUGGACGACGUGUCCUUCCAUCCGGGUCCCUGCGAAGAAGAGAAGCAAGGCUUCCUGAAGCAGAUGACGGACUGCGAUUUCGAGAACGGCUUCUGCUACUGGAAGCAACAGCCGGGGAACUCUCGCUGGAAGUUCAGCUCGGGCUCGACUUACACCACGCCACAAGGAGACCACACGACGGGCUAUGGUCACUUCGCGGCGGCGAGCGGACGGGCGCUGUCACGGGAGCCGAUCGCGCGCCUCGUCUCUCCGGAGCUGCCGCCCGAGCGCGAGUACUGCCUGCGCUUCUUCCGCGCUACGACGGGCGCCGCUCGUGCCGCCACGCGCCUGCAGGUGCGCGCGUGGGACGUCCCCGCGCCGCGCUUCACGCGGGGGCGGCCCGAGCCGGCGGCGCCGGCGGCGGCGGCGGUGGCGGCCGAGGAGACGCUGUGGAGCUCGGCGAGACGCCCGGACCACGGCUGGCUGCAGGCGGAGAUCAACGUCCGGCGGUCGCAUCCGCAUCGGAUCAUGUUUGUGGUUCACUGCUUCAGUCCAUUGCUUUGUGGAAAGAUAUCUCUGGAUGACAUCACUCUUACCCAUGGCAACUGCAUGCAAAGUAAAGCACCACCACGGAGCUUGGCCAACUGCGACUUCGACGAGGGCCUGUGCGGCUACAGACACGACGUGCGGGAGACGUUCAAGUGGCUGAGGCGGAGCGGCAACACGCCCACGUCCUCGACGGGGCCCCAGGGCGACCACACCACCGGACACGGCCACUACAUGUACAUCGAGGCGAGCGGCAUGCCGCCGGGACGCCGCGCCAGCCUGCUGUCGCCAAAGCUGCGCGGCGUCCCGGGCGCUCGCUGCCUCUCGUUCUUCUGCCACCUGCACGGCGCCGGGGUCGGGGAGCUGAGCGUGAGCCUCCGCGAGGGGCACGACCUGGCGCGGCGCGACGUGGCGCUCUGGGCUCGGUGGGGGGAGCACGGCGACGUUUGGCGGCGGGCCCUUGUGGAGUACAGCAGCGGCGUCGACCACCAGAUUGUGUUCACGGCAAUCUCCGGGCCGAACGCGAGUGGUGACAUCUCGCUGGACGACAUCACCAUCCAGAAGGGUCCGUGCGAUGAUGACGCAACGAACCAUCAUGGGCCAGACGACGGUUGGAAGAAUUACAUCAAAUAAUGUCGAUGAAGGAAGAUUUACAACGAGUGGGUUUGUAGGAACGUAAAUUUGAGAAUUAAAACAUGUUUACAGAGGCUGUUUUUGUAAAGGUCAGGGUGCGGUCUGUCGUGUAACAAACAAAAAAUCUGACAAAAUAUGGGGUGUACAUUUUAAUUUUUUCUUAGGAAAAGCACUUUCAAUAUUAAGCUGGCUUAGUGUUCCCUGAAACACUGCGACAUGUUUCGGUCUAAAGACUCUGCACCUGAGCUGAGAUUGUGUUAUAACACAAAAGAGUGUGUAUCAUUACUAAUUUACCAAUUUAUAUUAAGAAAAAAAACGUUUCAAGACAAGAGUAGGCCACAUCGAUGGUGAGUAGCAUCUGAUGGUGAGUGGCAUCUGUGCCCGGUAUUGGUAUCCCCUUAGAUCGGCUCAACGCCACAGUGAGCACGUUCAUCUUCUUGGUUCUUUCGGUAAAGUCACGUAGAAUGGAAAUAAUAAAAUAAUAAAAAUAAAACAUAAUAAAAUAAUUCUCACGACGAUGUUUUAUUUGUAUUAUUUUAUUAUUUCCAUUCUACGUGACUUUACCGAAAGAACCAAGAAGAUGAAUCCCUGCAGUCACGAAAGCUUUAAAUCGAAAUUUAGUGCGCACGUUGUUGCUGUAUCAGCAAGCGAAGGGAUGACGAUGCAGUGGCGACUGGGCAACCCCCGGUCAGUCGUGAGAGACACUCGCCGACAAUCCACGUCUGAAUAGAGCAAAUAGAGAAUACAUUAUUUCUGUUUUAAUUUAUACGCAUUGUACAUAUGCCGUACCUGAAGUGUUAGGCUUGAUUAGCGGUUGUAAUCAAGAUAAUUGUGUAGAGUCCAUAAGGGUGCAGUAUAAUGUGAUGUGGAUUGACAGUCCAAUCAAUCCCCCCCACCUCUCCCUGCAGUACUUUUUAUACGGUAAUGUUUGUUGUUAAUCCGCGAGACAAUGUUUCUAGACAAGCUAUGGUUUUGUUUUAGCAUUAAAUGAGAGAAACACGGAUUAGGUACGGGAAUUGUCUUUUUAAAUAAUGCAUUUUUUAAAGAAUGGAACAAAACGCAAUUUAUAAAAACCCUUAAUCACAGUCGCCUAUUGUGCAUCUCAAUUACUUUCAAUAAAUCGUUUGACGUUUCUAAAUGUGCAUGGCUCGUAUGAUGGUUGUGUGUAAUUGAAGGCUCGACUGGGUAAUUGUAUAAAGACCGCUGCCGUUAAUUUACUUCUAUACCAGCCCCUUAACCGUUUAUUUUGAGGAUAUCACACACACACACGUGACCGUUUCUUUGGCAGUGCGAUUUUCCCCAAGCUCUCACGCAGCCUCAACGAGUCCUCCCGGUGGGAUUGGUCGUAGCAGCCAAACACAACACGAGUGUGUUGUGUUUGGCUGGUUUGAAUAAACAGCAGAGGCAAGCGUGACAUUAUUCUAUCGCGGUUACCGGUCACAGUUUUAAAACCUCUGGAAAGGUUUCCGUCAGUGAGUUGGCUUUAAAAAAAAUAUAUUUCUCAUGUAUGAAAUGUGUCAAAGAUUGCAUUUAUGUUGGAGGUAACUGCCUUGUAAAAGAAAACAAAUAUUAGCAUGAGUCUGUGUAUACUUUUAGUAAAACGUGUUUUAAUGUUUUGAAUGAUUCUCAUAUAUACAGUAGAUGUGUUUGUAUUACAAAUGUUUCAGCCCGGAAUUAAUUUUGCUAAGAAGCACCAUUAAGAUAAUAAAACCAAAGUGUGCGGGUGUAAGCGAAGCAUGUCUCCCAUGCAUUUAUCUUUGCAAAUUGUUAGUGUAUGUCAUU